GGGGGACUCAAACGGCGCGGAGGGAUGAGGGCGAAGACGGGAACAAAAAGCGCGUCGUCGGGACGUAAGCUCGGGGAGAAAUUUUCAAAGGAUGUCGUGGACGACAUCUAUCGCGGGAGCUUUCGAAGCCAAACCGGGGUGAGCCUGAAGUAUAUGUUAGAUUUCGGGGCGCAGCCGAUUCAUCGGCAGUUGAUGGUGAGCGCGCAAUUUUUGCACAACGAACUUCCGGUGCGAUUAGCGCAUCGCGUGGCGGAGUUGGAGAACUUGCCGUUCGGGUUGAGCGAUAUGGCGCAGGUGCUCGACGUGCGGGACUGGUACGUGGAGUCGUUUCGAGAGCUUCGUAGCUUUCCUCCGAUUGAGAACAUGGAGGACGAGGAAAAGUUUACGAACAUCUUGAAGAGAAUCAUGUACAGGCACGAAAAUGUCGUGCCCAUGAUCGCGCGAGCGGUUUUGGAGCUGAAGGAACAACUCGAGGCGCAACGGCCGAAGGAGUCCCAGCGACCGGCGACGGCGAGACGAGGAGGAACGUACGCCACGACGGAUUUGAACGAGUUUCCCGAAGUGCACCAAUUCCUGGAUGGGUUUUACAUGAGUCGCAUCGGAAUGCGGAUGCUUAUCGGUCAGCACGUAGCUUUGCACGACCCCCCUAAAGACGGGUACAUUGGGCUGAUUUGCACGUCCCUGAGCCCACUCGAGGUGGCUCGAGACGCCAUUGCAGACGCGAGGGCGAUCUGCAUGCGCGAAUACGGCGACGCACCGGAAGUCGAACUAUUCGGCGAGGAGGGUUUCACGUUCGCGUACGUUCCAGGUCACUUGCAUCAAAUGUUAUUCGAGCUUGUGAAGAACUCGCUUCGGGCGGUGAGCGACAAGUACGCGGAUAGCGACGUGACGCCGCCGCCCAUACGCAUCGUCAUCGCCGAAGGCGCGGAAGACGUCACGAUCAAGGUAUCAGACGAAGGUGGUGGGAUUCGUCGAAGCGGUUUGGCGAAAAUCUGGACCUACCUGUACAGCACGGCGCGCAGUCCUUUGAAGGACAUGGACGCUGACUCAGCGGGUCCCGUCGUCUUGGCAGGGUACGGAUACGGCUUACCGCUUUCAAGGCUCUAUGCGAGAUACUUCGGAGGCGAUCUUCAAGUGCUUUCGAUGGAGAACUACGGCACGGAUGCGUAUCUGCACCUCAACCGACUCGGCAACAUGGCAGAGCCGUUACCUUAGUUAGGGCGGCGGCAGCGCGUUUCGCGCGAAUAUUGAAU